GCCUUCUCAUUUCUCCUCCAGAGCCCAUUAACAUAAGGCCUUCUUCCCUCUCUUUCUCCCCAUCCUCUAGAUACUCGUACAUCUUCAUCCAUAUACCUUUAGAAAUGAUGGCAAUUAGGUUCUUCUUCAUUAUGGCAUUAGCCGUGGCUCUGGCCACCAGUACUCUCGCCUUCGCAACCACCGAUAUAGAUGAAGAAAACCUGACCACGACAUCGUCUUCCGACGAAGUCUCUUCAGAAGAUGAUGAAUCAUCACCGGCUAUAGGAAUGAGCCGUCUCCUCCUCGCCCAGUCCAAGCCUUAUGGAGCCACCAUGACAUGCAAUAGGUUCCCCAGGAUUUGCCGUGCCAAGGGAAGCCCCGGCCCGGACUGCUGCAAGAAGAAGUGUGUGAACGUGAUGAAGGACAACCUCAACUGCGGGCAAUGCGGGCUGAGGUGCCGAUAUGGGACAACAUGCUGUGGCGGCAGAUGCGUUAACGUGAUGUUCGAUGCCAACAACUGUGGGAGUUGCAAGAACAGGUGCAAGAAGGGAGGCUUCUGCUCGUAUGGGAUGUGCAACUAUGCCUGAUUAUAUGUUUCUUUUAUGGUGAUAAUUAUAUAAGGAUACGGCUAAGAUUUAUAUUUGUUAUGGGGGCUUUUCUUUCUUUAAUUUCGUUAUUUUUCUAAAUUCGUUGGAGUAUAAAAGAUAUAUUUGUCGAGUGAGGAAAUAAUGAUGGCUGAUGCCAUUUGGCUGUAUUCAUUUUCGGAAUAAAUUAAGAUGUUCAAUUAAUA